AUGGAAGGUGUAUCUGCCUUACUGGAUCCUUUUUCCGGCGGCGGUCUCUGUUGCCUUUUCUUCUUUUUGUUUCUUGAGAGCAAAUUCGGUCUACUCCAUGCUCUGUACACAUCACUACUUCAUGCCAAGGACCGGUAUUAUGCUCCGCACAUCAGUGUGCCCCCACCACAGGUUAAGUUUGAUAAUCAACCGUCUACUCAACCCCUCACACCUCGUGCCGGCCCCCCAGGUACCAUAUGUUGUUACGAUAAGGGAACCAACACACAGAUUGGUUUGGUGACUGUCAACUCACCGGCGGAAGUGCAGGAGGCCGUUGCCCGCGCUCGUGUGGCUCAGCGCGAGUGGGCGAAAACUUCCUUUUCAACACGGCGGCAGUUAUUGUAUAGUUUGAUGGAGUACAUUUUGGAAAAUCAAGCUCUCAUCUGCGAAACUACCAGUGUAGAAUGCGGAAAAACAAUGAUGGACGGUUCACUUGGCGAGAUACUCACAACACUUGAGAAGCUGCGUUGGACGGCCGCGCACGGUGAAGAGGCACUGGCUGAGGAAGUUCGGGACGUGGGCCUCAUUACUUUCCACAAGCGGGCAGCGGUGAAUUACGUUCCGUUUGGGGUUAUGGGUGCAAUCGUUUCGUGGAACUAUCCGUUUCACAACAUAUAUGGUCCGAUGAUAUCUGCGCUCUUCGCGGGUAAUGCGUUUGUAGGCAAAAUAUCUGAAUACUCUUCUUACUACGCGUCGUAUUAUCUGUCUAUCGUACAGGAGGGGAUAAAGGAACUCGGUUACUCUCCUCACCUUGUGUCAUUUGUGGUUGGCUUUGCCGAAACAGGUGAGGCUCUAGUAAAUUCAGUGGACAAAUUAACUUUUAUUGGUUCCCCAGCUGUGGGGAAAAUUGUGAUGCGGAGCGCGGCUCAGACACUUACACCUGUCGUACUGGAACUGGGGGGGAAAGAUCCCGCCAUCGUUUGUGACGAUGCAGACCUUGAACAUGUAGUGCCAAUUAUUAUGCGUGGAACUUUUCAAAAUUGUGGGCAGAACUGCGUGGGUUUGGAGCGCGUUAUCGUGCAAGAGUCUAUCCAUGACCGGCUGCUGACAAUACUGGAGAAGCGGGUACGGGCACUUACGCAAGGACCGGCAUCAGUUGGCCUCUAUGACUUGGGAGCGAUGACUAUGGGGGAGGAUGCCGUUCGGAAGAUACAGAAACUUGUUGACGAUUCCGUUGAUGCGGGGGCCACUCUCGUGUGUGGUGGAAAAGGUGGCACUAGCUUCUUCCCUCCAACAAUUCUUACGAACGUGACUCCUUCUGUGCCAAUUGCCCGCGAAGAAGUUUUUGGUCCAGUUCUUGUGAUGAUGAAAUUCAAGACUGAUGCCGAAGCCGUAGAGUUAGUGAACGCGUGUGAGUAUGGGUUGGGGUCUAGCGUUUUUUCAAGUGACAUUGAACGAGCAAAACAUAUCGCGGAUCAGCUUGUAACUGGCAUGACGAACGUGAACGAUUUUGGCAUAAAUUAUCUUUGUCAGUCCCUUCCUUUUGGUGGAGUAAAGAUAAGUGGGUUUGAUCGAUUUGCGGGAGUGGAGGGACUGCGUGGGAACUGUGUUGUUCGGGCUUCCACCACAGACCGGAUACCAGGAGUGAAGACUGUUAUUCCUCCCGUUUUGCAAUAUCCCAUUAGUGAAGCUUCCUUUACAUUUGUGGAACGCCUAACGAACGUCAUCUAUGGGGGGUGGUUUGCUGCUGUCAGUAGCGUUAUCGAAAUGAUGCGGAUGAAAUCCGCUCCACGCAAGAAGGAUUCUUGA